CUUGGCAUUCACAUGAGGAACUAUUCUUCCCUGGGUUCCACUCCCGAUGCUACCCUGUCGUUGCUAUUUUUACAGUUGAGAACUCUGAAACGCACGCAAGGUUAGAGUUUGACACGGGUUCCUGACAGCCGAAGGGUCGGCGAUCACAUGCAAAGCUGGAUGUGCCCUUUGGACUGUUCGAUUGCAUGGGUCUGACUGGUUGCAACUGAUGUUAACAUCCCAGAAGAUAAGAUAUUCCUUAUUCCGGGAAUAGGCCACUAGUUAAUGCUCAGACGAGGUUAGAGCAAAGGACUUACUAUGGAGUAAAUCGUACGGUCUCAGUCUCAAACAACCUCAACUCAACUGCUCGGUUAGCCGAUUAGACUUUGCCGGCCUGGUUUCACGGAAUAACCGGAUUUCAAGAUGAUUAUCGAUAAUCUACUGACAAACAGCGAGAACUCUAGCCAGAUAGGAGUUCCCCUACACUGGUACGCUAGAAAUUCUCUGAUCAAACAGAAAGGAUCGACCUUCCGAACGGCAUCAGGGGAAGCGCACGUGUCAAUGAGAAGCUGUGGGAUUUGGGAUGUGAACCUUGCAGGCCAGGUCGGACGACGUAUAUAAAGGGAACGAAGGUCUCCUCGAACAAUGUCCUACCAGCAGUCCAUCCACUUUCUUCUUUCACCUGUCUCAAUAUCAAAUACCUUUUACAAUGAUUGCUGGAAACUACUUGUUCAUCGCUGGGCUCCUGGUGAGCCAGGCCGUUGGACAUGGUCUGAUUACUCGCAUCCAGGGCGCGAAUGGGGUCGUGAUGCCUGGGUUGACUGUGGUGGAUGGAAUGCCCCGGGACUGUCCAUCCGCCGCAUGCGGUGGGCAAAAGGACACCGCAGUCAUUCGUGAUCAGGAGAUGGGGAGUAUCAAAGCUUCUGCUCUGGGUAGAACCCUUGGAAAGGGUCCAGUCGAUGCUGCUCGCGUCAUUGAUAAGUUCAUGGGAACCCCCAAAGGCAGACGUGGCCAUCCUACUUCUGCUGAUCGACGCCGACAAUUGAUUAACGAUGCUGCAAGUGUUGUCACGAAUGCUGGGGGAACAAUUUUGAAUGGUGUGCAGGAUAUCGCAGAUAAGACGCCCUUUGGCGGAACGAUCAAGAGUGCGCAAUCUGCGGUCGACGAUGCCCUUAGCAUACUCCCUGGCCUCAAAUCGGGCGCAGUCACCGCAACGGGCACGAAGGAGAACGGAAUCCAGCUAUACAGCGGAAAGGGUUCCGCCCAUGGUCUUCCGACCGCAUCUCAAGAUGGAAUCGUGACGAUGGUAUACCAUCAGGUGAACCAAGAUGGAGCGGGCCCUCUAACUGCCGACAUUGACCCUUCCAGUGGCGGAACUGACCCGAAGGCGUUUGUUCGAGCCAAAGUCACCCAGAACAUACCCGGGGUUGCAGGAUUCUCUACAUCAAGCACGAUGGACUAUGAGGUCAAGGUGCAGGUCCCGUCAGGUGUUAAGUGCCGAGGGAGUGUCGGUUCCGCCAAGAAUGUCUGCAUUGUGCGGGUUCGCAACACGGCCAUCUCAGGCCCAUUCGGUGGCUCGGCUGCCUUCACGCAAUAAGAGAACAUAGUCGAGAAGGGGGAAGGGUGACGGCAUCCAGAGAUUUGUCAGAUAUUUGGCUCAUCUCAGAAGUUUCUCAUUCUUCACUAGUGGUGCGGUGCAGACGAAGGUCAGAUGGGUUGUCGACAGAUUGAUGGUUCGGCAUCGCAUAUAAAGAAAUUAAUUCCGCAAUGAUAAUGUUUGAAACCGGGUCUGAACAUCCUGGGAUUCUCUCUGUGAGUAAUCAG